GCUGAAAUUGUUCCGUGAAGUCACCUACACACUAGCUACAACUCAAAGGUUCUGCUGGCGAAACCUCCACCGACCAUACGUCUCUAGGUAGUGGUGGUCGGACGUCGGACACAACCUGGCCUAUAAGACUCCGUCUUAACCCAGGAAACCCUGGGCACCAGAUGCCGUCUGCAUCCUGCUGAAGAAUCAGGACCGAGUUUAUCCAACGUGGCGGACCGACAGCCGUGGCCAACUCGAUUGUCGCAGCCAGCUCCUCGAAGUCCGUUUCCUACCGCGCGCCUUAGCUGUUCCAAACUCGCUGAGAUGCAGUUGAUUCGCAAAACUUUGGUGACUCAGUCUUCUGAGACGCUUUUUAGUUUGUCUCAUGGAUCUGAAAAAAAGAAGAAGAAAACUCAUUUUUUCGUCGUAGUUUUGAUUCUCUGGAACAGGUUCCAGAGGAGAUGAGAGAGCGUUGCUGGAAAAGAACAUAGUAUGAUAGAUCUAACAAGGUGAUACCUGCACUAUGGUCCAGUUGACAAUUCUCACAUCUCGAUGGACGAUUUGCUGAAAUCAAACAAGGUAAUCGAAAGAUCUUCAUCAUUUAGAAUAUUUUCCAAUCAAAAUCUAAAUGGAGUAUGAAAAAUUGCGAUCCCCACAGGCUGAGAAAUUGUUCCGUGAAGUCACCUACACACUAGACUACAACUCAAAAAGGUUCCUAAGCUGGCGAGAAACCUCUCACCGACCAUACGUCUCUAAGUUAGUGGUGGUCGGACGUCGGACACAACCUGGCCUAUAAGACUCCGUCAUAGCUUAUACCCAGGAAACCCCUGGGCACCAGAUGCCGUCUGCAUCCUGCAGAAGAAUCAGGACCGAGUUUAUCACAACGUGGCAGACCGACAACCGUGGCCAACUCGGCUGUCGCAGCCCGGCUCCUCCGAAGUCCCGUUUCCCUACCGCGCGCCUUAG